AUGGCUACCAACGGUAUCAACUCGCACCAAAACGGCCAUGUGCCUGCCAAGGGUGCUUCCAUCCUCGAGCUGGCCGAGAAUAUCCUUGAGCAAACAAAAGGCAUCACGAAAUAUCUUCAAGCCAAUAAUCUCGCCGCUCCGACAUUCUCGGUGAACUCUAGUGAUCCUCCAGCGACCGAGCAGUACCAGGCCCUACAGAGCAGUUUGCGAGAAUCCUUGGAGGACCUGCAGAGAUUGAUUGACGGUCCCCGAAGGUUCCUGCGUUCUUUCGCCGCUUAUACCUACGACUUGGCAUCAAUGCAAAUCGCUCUAGACUUUGAAUUCUUUACUUUGGUGCCGGCCGAGGGCGAGAUCUCGUUGAAGAGUCUUGCGGAAAAGGCUGGUUUGGAUCUCGACCGCGUCAGCCGCACGAUCCGCAUGCUCAUCACUUUACGAUUCUUCCAAGAGGACACUCCCGGCUUUAUUUCGCAUAGCUCCAGCUCCAUUGUCCUCCACAAAGAUGAGGAGUUGCGAGCUACAGUGCACUACACGCUUGACGAAUUGCUCAAGGCGGCCGCCUACUCGGCUGCCAGCUUGAAGGCAGACCCAUUCGAGGCGGAUAGCAACCAUUGUCCAUUCAAAUAUCAGCAUGGCCUUCCCAUUUUUGAAUGGUAUGCUGCAAAUCCGUCUAACGCGGGUCGUUUUGCAAGGGCAAUGGCAGGGGCAACUAGAAUGGAUCGGCACAUCAACGAGCUAAGAGACUGUUUCGACUGGGGUAGUUUGAAGGGCACAGUGGUCGACUGCGGUGGUGGCAGUGGACAUAUCUCCAUGACUUUGGCUCGGCUUUUCCCUGAGCUCACGUUCGUAGUGCAGGACGGGUCGACGAACAUGUUGGAUGAGGGCCAGAAGCUGCUCACCGACGAUAUUCGUGACCGUGUCUCAUUCGCGCAGCACAGCUUCUUCGACCCACAGCCGUACCGAGACGCAGCGGCGUUCCUCAUUCGCCAAUGCACGCACAACUGGUGUGACCGAGACGUUAUCACCAUGUUCAAGGGCAUGGUGCCAGGCCUCGAGGGCUCCAGUCCCGACACGCCGCUACUGGUCAACGACAUCAUCAUGCCGGAGCCGGGGCAGUGGCCGCGAUACGCAGAGCGCGAGGUGCGACAGAUUGAUCUCGUUAUGCUGGUAGGAUUCGGCGCAAAACAGCGAACCAAGGCAGAGUUCGAGACCCUGUUGAAGGAAGCAGAUGCCAGGUAUGAGAUUCGCAAGUUGCACUCGACGGGGCCGCUCGGUCUCCUCGAGAUUUACCUCAAGCGAUAG